AGCUGCUGGACACUAUGCAUACAUCGAAACAUCCUCACCACGAAAACCAAAUGAUACAGCGAACCUGAUCAGUCCCACGCUUGACCAGACACGGAGUGUUGGAUGUUUAAUUUUCUGGUACCACAUGUAUGGACCUGAUAUCAACUCACUCAUUAUUCUCAAGAAGGUUGGUAAUGUUUUCAAUUAAUGUGAUUCUAAUUUAAUUAUUCUAAUUGAUUCUAAUCAAUCCUUCAUUUGCUCUGAAGAACAUUUCUGAUUGUAUGUCUACUUGACACCUCCAAUCACGCUGAAUAGUUGUUGUACCAGUUCUAAGCUGUUUUCCGUAGACGUCCAAUAAGAGAGAUACCUUGUUCUCCAGGACGAAACCUAAACUAAACUAACGUCGUUUAUUCUUAGUGGCUCAAUCAGUUUUAAACUGUUCUCGCUUGAGAUACAGUGUCUAUGAGGACCACCAACUAUUGGUCCAUUGUUACUGCAAGAGGAAAGCUUCAUUUAUAAACAUUACUUUUAAUGGCUAGUUGUAUCAAUUGUAUUGUAAACUGUUCUCCCUAGAGGUCUAGUAAGGAUCAUCUCUUAAUGAUCCAGUGGUACUACAGUAAGAAACCUAAACUAAACUAACUUUAUUUAUACUGGAUAGCUCCAUCAGUUCUAAAUUGUUCUUCCUAGAGGUCCAGUAAGGAUCUUCUCUUAUUGAUCCAGUGUUACUACAGGAGGAAACCUAAACUAAACUAACUUUAUUUAGAAUGGAUAGCUCCAUCAGUUCUAAAUUGUUCUUCCUAGAGGUCUAGUAAGGAUCAUCUCUUAAUGAUCCAGUGGUACUACAGCAAGAAACCUAAACUAAACUAACUUUAUUUAUACUGGAUAGCUCCAUCAGUUUCAACUUGUUCUUCCUAGAGGUCCAGUAAGGAUGAUCGCUUAUGAUCUCCAGUGGUACUACAAGAGGAAACCUAAACUAAACAAAUAUUUAUUCUGGUUUUCUUUUUUCAGGGUGGAACUCAAUCGUCUUCACUUUGGAAACGUGUUGGUAGUCAAAGCGACGUUUGGCGUGAAGCGCUUGUAUCUCUUCCAAAGGAUUCUAGAAAGUACCAGGUAUGGGAUAUAUUUUCUUUUCUAGUUUCGAUGGUCAGUUCCGUGAGAUUGGAAGUGAGGUUUUGGAACAGAGAUUAUCUUCAUUAAUAUAAUUUCGUCCAGUCUUGAUGACACCAUUAUCCAGUCCCAGAUUUAAUCAAGACCUUAUCCAGUAACCUCGUGCAAUCUUAAUUAGGACUUUAACACCAGUCUUGCUAAAUUUAAAAUCGUGUUCUCAAGAAGCGAGGAAAUCGUAUAGUGUAGACCUGAUUAAAAGUUUGUCCACUGCUAGGACUUGAUCGAAACUUUCAAUAUUCGUUCCUAGGACUUGAUCUAAACUUCACAAGACAAUAUGACUUGACCAUUUCAUCCAUCAUCCAGUCGUAGGACUUCAUCAAAACUUCAUCUUGCCUUGCGACUUGAUCAAACAUUAUCCGAUCCUAGGGCUAGUUGGUUUAAACUUUUUCCUAUCCCAGAAUAUUAUCAAGACACCAUUUAGUCUUAGUUCCAGCUUGAUCAUCAACUACGUGUAUGGAAAUUAACCAUUUUUUUUUCAAUUUUAGGUCGUGUUUUCAGGAAAGCGAGGAAAGUCGUAUAGUGGGGAUAUAGCAAUAGAUGACGUUCAAUUCACUCAAUCCAAAUGCCCGGCGCCAGGUAGAUUUAUCCACAUUAAAUAAAGUUAGUUAGUGGAACUGUUUCUUAUUCAUUUCUUAUUUCUUUUUCAGCUGAGUGUACUUUUGAAGAUUACGAUGGAGACGCGACGUGUUUAUGGAGGAACCAAAUAGAUAAAUACCAGUGGAAACGUCGAAACCAGGGGACACCAAGCCUUGAUACUGGUCCUAGCUUUGAUCACACUUUUGGAACAAGCCAAGGUUGGGCAUAUUGAUUUUAGAACCUGUUCAUAUGAGGCUAUGAACGUACCGGGAAACUUGGCGCUAUUUAUUGCUCUUUUGCCCCAGUGCCUUAAUUGUUUCCAUGAUUUCCUAUUUUAGCAUGGCAGGUGUGCAUGAAAGUUAUAUCCCCAUGUUUCCUGUACAAAUAUGUUUCUUUUUGAUCUUCAGAGCGAUCACAAAUUUAUCAUAUUUUUUUCUGUGUUGGUGUUGUGUACUCAAGUGAAUAUGAUGGUUGUGAUGUUACUCUGAGUGUAUAUCCACAUAUAUAUUUUGACGUCCGACCAAAUUUAGUGGUGUUGGUUUUUGUCCGACCAAAUUCAAGUUACGUCCGGCCAAAAUUAGAAGUGAUCGGACAAAUGUCCUGUCAAGUCAAAUAUUUAUUUGCACCCCUGCCGGGCAAGCUUGAAAAAUAUGCCUGGUGGGAAUCGAACCUACAACCUUGGGAAUACUCGCCCAAUGCUCUGCCAACUGAGCUACGCGGUCAGGUCGGUUCGAGUAUCUGUUAUUUCGGAAUAUUUUUAUCCUUAAACCUAUUGUGCACAAAACAUGAGGCAGUAGCCACAUGAAACAAGGCCAUUGGGGAAACAUGCGAUAAACAGUACAGUUAUUUGUUUGCAUAUUCGAGAUGAGCCAGUCCUGAGAUUAAUCCUAACCAGGACUCCAGGAGGAGCAGCUACGAGUUGGUUCUAUCGAACGAGAUGCCCAGAAUUUUGAUAUUUACCCGUACAUUUUUCUAGGAUACUAUAUGUAUAUCGAAGCUACUGGACACCAACCCAACGAAACAGCCGAAAUCAUGAGUUCUUCGUACCCAGCGGCCACCAAGGGUCAUUGCUUUAGUCUCUGGUAUCAUAUGUACGGAGCCGAUGUCGGAACACUCAAUAUCUUCCAGGUAGUCAACAACCAGAGAUACUUCUUGUGGGGAAUGAACGGGAAUCGUGGCAACGUUUGGAAAAAGAUGCAGAUUACUAUCAAGAGCAAUGCUGGUUACACGGUUGGUUGUGUUUUCAAAUCUAUAUAAUAAUCUCUUUUCCUAUUUUUUCCUACCGUAUACUUUUCUGUUUUUGUUUUAUUAAAAACCGCUUGCUUUUCCUUCUUUCUCUUAUAAAGUCCUACUUUUUCAGGGUGUUAGCGAGAGGAUUAACAAAUUCGGCAAUUUAAUUAAAUUUGGAAUUUCAGUUAGCCUACGACAUUCAGACUGGAGUUAAAGAAUAUCGUGUUUCUUAAGUGACGUUCUCGUGGCCUAUAGCGCCAGCUGAGCUAAAUUGAGGCUUUUGAAGUGCAAGUCACCUGACAUUGUUUUGCGUACUAAAAACAGACAAAUACAUAUUUUAGGCUGCAUGAUAUCCUCGCAACCCUUAUCUGGUACCCAAUUUUUCUUGAGCAAAAUUUUGAAAUUGGACAACCAUUUAUAUAAUAAAAAGUUACGAAGGCAAUUUUGUAAACACCCUUUAUUGAAGUUCGUGUUAAUGCUUAUUUCCAUAUUUAUUGAUCAAAAUCCAAUUUAUUGAUAAAAAAAAAACUUGAAAUUUCUUUCCAUUUAUGGUGGUCCUAAGUUGAAAACAGUAUAGUUGUGACGUAAUUAUGGGUGUAUUGUUUUCAAUCAGAUAUUUUUUCAAUUUUCGUUUGAAUGUAAUAAAUAAGUUCGAAAUAAAUAAGUUGUCAAAACAUUAGAAAUUAAUUAAAAUGUUGUCAAUAUUUAGAUUCUAAUACAAGGCAAAAGAGGCAAAGGAUACCGGAGUGAUAUAGCUUUUGAUGACACCAAACUGGCAAAGGAUGGGCCUUGUGGAGCACCAGGUCAGAAAAAUAACAAUUUUGCCUACUAGAAAAGACAAGUAUAUUUCAGGCUACAUGACAAACUCGCAACACUGGUUUGGUUUCUGAAUUGCACUGUUGUUAUUUCGCGUACUUACGUACCGGAGGUACGCCAAUAUUACGGUCUGGUACUUCUUCGUUUUCAAUCAUGCAAGUACCACGUAGGUACGCGGAACUCUUGCUAUCUGCGUACUUACUUUUUGCUGCUACCACAUGACCUUUCCAAGUCCAAGGUAUUCAAUACCGUAAUUUAAUUGGUACAACAUGUGUCUGCGAUGUCUUGACAUGAAACAUGAUUUGACUGAUGGCAUUAAGAAACGUUGGAGUUGAUUGUUUGUAUAUGCAAUUGUGCUUCUUUUUCUAUCUCGUCUGAACAUACUUUUCAGAAACCUGUACUUUAUGAACCUUAUUCUAAUGACUAAGUACACAAUGAGUACUGAGCUUGUGCAAGUAUGCGGCAACAACCAUAUCCUCUAUUUUCACAUGUGAAAAAAAUAUGUAAAACGCAAAUUUUACAUGUGAAAAUUCUACAUUUCAGAUACAAAUUGAGCAUUUUCACGCAUGAAAUGUUCCAAUGCCACAUAAAAUGCAUAAAAUUUCAGAUGUGACUUUCCGUAUAAGGGAUACAAAAGUUUCUGCUUUCUUCUUCAAAGGUGAAUGUGAUUUUGAGAAGGGAACUUGCAGUUACUAUAACACGAGACAGGAGGACGACUUUGAUUGGAUCAGAGGUCAAGGUUCUACAUGGAGUUAUAAAACUGGGCCAUCGGUUGAUCACACUUUGGGAACUAAAUUAGGUAAUCACUGAUAUUUUCUUCAUUUGCUGCAUAUAUGUAAACUACAGACGGUACCGUUUCGGCCUUAUGGGCCUCAUCAGUGUAGUGCUGAUGAGCAGGAUGAAAGUAACUGCUAUUUACAGUUACCUUUGAUGCCUCACGAUUGUGGGACAUCAAAACCAUGCCAGAGCGCUCAAACUGCAAGCAGUGAGCGUGCGUGUAUAUAUAUAUAUAUAUAUAUAUACAUACAUAUAUCAAACUCAUUUUGAAUGAUUCAUGAGUAAAUACUGGAUAUCUAGUGAAGUAUAUUUAUUCAGUCCUAGGACUGAAUCGAAAUUAAUUCACCUCACUUUAAGUUGUCAUUUAAUCGUAUGGGAUGUCACGUCAAAUCCUCCAAUUCAGACUGGACUAGAUUUCAAGUCCUCGCAUUUUGUCCUAGUCCUCGGCUUCGCCUCUGAUUUGAUCAAAUUGAGCGGACAUUAAAUCGAGUCCAGCCCUCGUAGUCGGAUUUGAAACAUUACAUUAUGUGUUUUAAAUUUAAGCUACUCAUGACAAACGAGAAAGCAGUUCGUCACUAAUGUGUCUUGCCAACAAUAAACUUACUUGAAUGAGAAGUGAGCACAUUUGUGAACAAUUUUUUAUUUUAUGUUGGGGCUUUUUAAAUUAAAAUUCAUGAUUUUGGAUCCAAAUGGGAUCUAUUUUCAAUAAUUGGGAAAAUGGCAAUUUUUAUUCGACUCGUAUUUGGUCAUUUUCCUUUAUACUGAUACAAAAGAGAUAUCAUUGGACAACUAAAAGCCUGAAUUUUAUUCCUGUGUAAAAAUGCUAUCGAUAAACGCAUUCGACCGUGCUGAAGUUGGAUUGCCUUCUUUUUAUACACCUUCUUUGUAUAUUGACCACAAACAUGUAAUGUAUUUCUAGGAAGCUACAUGUACAUCGAUGCAUCGUACCCUAACGCGAAAGGCCAUAAAGCACGACUCGUAAGUCAAGAUCUUCAGUCGAGCUCUUCAUCAAAAUGUCUAAAGUUUUGGUACCAUCUUUAUGGAGCAUCCAUCGGGAAAUUGAACGUGUACAUGAAGACAGGGCCUGGGAACAAGUCCGAGGAGUUAGUCUGGACAUUUGGCGGGAAUUUUGGUGACCAAUGGUUGAGCGCGCAGACGCCCGUACAAAACAAGAAAGUGUUCCAGGUAUUAGACAAUUCCCGUUAUGGACUAAUUUUAAAACUAGGCAAGGAGAUGCAAAUAAAUCACCACAGCUAGAAAGAGCAUACUAAAAUUAAAAAUACUAAAAUUAAAUAUUAAAAUUAAUACUAAAAUUAAAAAUGUAAAAUGCGGAAAAUGUAGCCUUGCAAAGUUUGCAAAUUUUGUACACCCUUUUAUUGCGUGCGGAAAUUGCUGCCAUUUUCGGCCCAAAUGUGGUAGCAAUUUCCGCACGUAAUACAAAAGUAUACAAAAUUUGCGAACUUUGUAAGGCUACAUUUUCCGCAUUUUACAACAUUUCGCAACCAGACUUUGCAAUUUUACUCAUUUUAGUAUCCUCUUUUCGGGAAUAUACUUUUUUGCCAAGAUAAAAAAUCUAAAGGUAGCACUUUCUCCUCAAUAUAUUUUAAGACCUUGAGAAGAGGUCCGACCAAGAAUUGAACCCAGUUCUCCCUGCUUGAAAGGCGAGCAUUGUGACCACGCCCCCCCCAGAAUUCGCGGGCCCCGGGGGAAAAUCUUCCAUGGGGUGCCAUGACAUUAUUUUUAAGCCAGACCUUAGCUAGACUGCCUGUUUUUUUGGAGGGUUUUUUUUUACAAUCUUUGUCAAAUAAAUGACAGGUUAUACCCACAGAGCAGAACACUCCUUUACGGGUAACCUUAAAAUGUGAAGCCACUGUGAGUGGCCCUCCAUUUAAAAAAUGCUCUGACCAAGUUAAAGAACCUACUCAAUUUUAGGCUCUUGCUCUGAAGUUGGGGCCCUAUUAAGGUGGGGGCCCGGGGCAAUUUGCCCCCCCCCCCUGCCGCCCCCCCCCCUCCUCGCGGCGGCCCUGGACACCACAAGAGGAAUAAUUGGAAUAAUGUUUUGGUAAAAAUGCUCGCCUGCAGAUCCUAGGCUGCCGCAUGUAAGUCAAGGACCUGCCCUACGACAUGUAAAUUUUGCAUUCAGGUUGUAUUCGAAGGUGUUUGUGGAAGCAGUUACCAAGGUGAUAUUGCGAUCGACGACAUCACCAUCCUGAACUCCCCCUGUAGUACCCUCCCUGCCGCAGCCAUCCCCCCUACUGUGCCACCCACCCCUCCAAUGCCAGUGAAUUGCACUUUUGAAAGAGGCUUGUGUAACUGGAAUAACUUGAAAACGGGAGAUGACUUUGAUUGGACUAGACAUCGGGGCGGGACGUAUUCUAGCAACACUGGCCCGAGCAUCGAUCAUACUACCAAUUCCUACCGAGGUAAUAAAAGAUUGUAUAUGAAUAUGUUAUUGUAUAUUAUGUCCUACCACGGAGGUUUAGAGAGAAUGGAUGGGCCUUACUGGGUCUCUAGGGAGAACAGUUUGGAACUGAUAGAGCUAUCCAGUAUAAAUAAAGUUUAGUUUAGGUUUCCUCCUGUACUAACACUGGAUCAAUAAGAGAUGAUCCUUAGUGGAUCUCUAGGGAGAACAGUUUAGAACUGAUAAAGAUAUCCAGUAUUAGUAACACUGGAUCAAUAAGAGAUGAUCCUUACUGGACCGCUAGGGAGAACAGUUUGGAACUGAUAGAGAUAUCCAGUAUAAAUAAAGCUAGUUUAGUGUAGGUUCCUCCUGUAGUAACACUGGAUCAAUAAAAGAUGAUCCUUACUGAACCUCCAGGGAGAACAGUUUAGAACUGAUAGAGAUAUCUAGUUUAAAUAAAGUUAGUUUAGUUUAGGUUUCCUCCCAUAGUAACACUGGAUAAAAAGAGAUGACCCUUACUGGACCUCUAGGAAGAAAAAAUUUAGAACUGAUACAGCUAUCCAGUAUAAAUAAAGUUAGUUUAGUUUAGGUUUCCUCCCAUAGUAACACUGGAUAAAAAGAGAUGAUCCUUACUGGACCUCUAAGGAGAACAGUUUGGAACUGAUACAGCUAUCUAGUAUAAAUAAAUUUUGUUUUCAAAUCAUGUAGGUUACUAUAUUUACAUCGAGACAUCUUCUCCACGAUCAACUGGCCACAAAGCUCAAAUCGAGAGCGGCUCCAUCACUCCUACCACAGGGACGUCUGGAAAAUGUUUCUCGUUCUGGUUCCACAUGUGGGGAGCUGACGUCGACACUCUGAAUCUUUACACUCGUACCCAGGGAACGCUGCAAAAGUAAGUCAUGCAGUUUAUCUGGCAGACACUGAUGUAGUAUUGUUGUGAUGCUUGUCAUGUUGCUCUGAGUGUAUAUCCCAUAGAUAUCCUAUGUACACUAGAUAGUGCAUCUAAUUAUUCUGCAAUUCAAAAAUUGAAGCCAUGAUUGCAGACUCGAGAUAUUCCCAUGAAAUGAGAAGAUUCGUAUGUUUCCUAUUUCUUAAACAAGGAACUUAAACAUUAAGUUAAACCUAUUCCAAAUACAUUUUCAAACUAUUCAAAUGAUGAAAGUUAUUGUUGUUUUUUAAGCGUUUAUUAGCGAGUGGGAACUACCAACAUGGCCGCCAUCUAUUCAAAUGGGGGUAACCGCUGGAAUAUUCUUGGCUUCAAUUUUACUAAAAGAGAUGCGCUAUCUAGUCUAUAUAAGAUAUCUAUGGUAUAUCCACACCGGGCAUGCUUGAAAAAUAUGCAUGGCCACGGUGGGAAUCGAACCUACGACCUUUGGGGGCUAGUAUUCCAAAGGUCGUAGAUUCGAUUCCCACCGUGGCGAGGCAUAUUUUUCAAGCUUGCCAGGUGUGGAUAUACACUCAGAGCAACAUGACAAGCAUCAUAUUCACCUGAGUACAUUACACCAACACAGAAAAAAUCAUAGUAUUGUUAAUGUAAUCUUAAAUUUGUAAAUUUUGUAUUUUGUUGUACUUAAGGCUGCUCACUAAGGCUGGUCACUAUCAAAGUUUCUGUGAUCACAGUAGGAAUUUUGCAUAGGUAAAAAUUCUAAGUUUUGAAGAAUUUGUACGAAAUUUUUGAGGGAAGAAUUUACUCAGUGUUAAACAGUGAUCGAGUCAGUUUCCUCAAGCUUUUCUUACAAUUUCUUAAAAACUUAGAAUUUACCUAUGUAAAAUUCCUACUUUGAUAGUUUAAACCUGCCUGUAGAAGUUGUAAUCCACAUUUCAGAUUACUGUCGAUGCAAUGGAAGUGUUGAUAAAAUAUUGCAUGAAUUCAUUUCCUCAAGUUGAUCAAUUCAUACGAAUUCAAAUUUCAUUUUACUUCCUGUGUGUUUCCUAUUGGUCAAUCGGUUCUAAAACGAAAUCUAAUUGGCUCAUCUAAAAGUAACAGGAAGUUGAUCAAUUUUCUAUCAAAUGAAUUGAUCAACUUGAGGAAAGGAAUUGGUGCAAUAUUUUAUCAACACUUCCAUUGCAUCGACAGUAAACCUAAUACUAAUGUCGGGUAAAACCUAGUUGACCCAAUCCUUAUUCUGAAUUUAUUAAUCCUUCCUCUUGCCUCUAGGAUCUGGAGUCGAACUGGUACCCAUGGCAACCAAUGGCGUCAGGGACGAAUCACUCUCACUAGUACCCAACUGUUCACACUCGUCUUUGAAGGUGUACGCGGACGAUCAUAUCAGGGAGAUAUAGCUUUGGAUGACAUCACACUAGGCGAUGGAAAAUGCCCGCCUGCCCGAUUCUGUGACUUCGGUGAUGAUUGGUGUCAUUUCAGUAACAUAAAGGGAGACCAGUUCGAUUGGACACGACAGAAGGGUAGGACGUCUUCGUACCGUACUGGACCAUCUGUCGACCAUACCACCGGAACUAGGAAUGGUAAGUUGGUGGUAUUACCUUUGUGCUGGUUGUACAUUGCCUCAGUGUUCAUGGCGCAUGUCAGCCGUGAUUCCUGCAAUGUGCAAUUUUUUUUAUUAUAAUUUCGCCUUGAUUGCAUGCGAGAAGAUUGCUUUUAAUCUGACUCUAAAAACACUGCAGUACCAAUUUUCCUCGUGUAGUAACACUGGACCAGCAAAGCAUUAUCCUUACUUGAACUCCAAGAAGAACAGACUGAUAGAGCUAUCCAGUAUAGAUAAAGUUAGUUUAGUUUAGGUUUCUGAUCCUCACUGGACCUCUAGGGAGAAUAUUUUAGAACUGAUAGAGCUAUCCAGUAUAAAUAAAGUUAGUUUAGUUCAGGUUUCCUCCUGUAGUAACAUUCUACAUUAAGUUACCGUAGUUCGGAAAUACCUCAACAUUUUACAUUCUCUUGCAGGAUAUUAUGUAUUCAUCGAAACGAGCUGGCCAAGGAAGAAGGGUGACAAAGCUUGGCUUGUGAGUCAAACCUAUCCUGCUGCGCCCAACGGCAAAUGCCUGAACUUCUACUAUCACAUGUACGGGUCAGAUAUCAAUCUACUUCAUGUAAUCGCUAAACCAAUUGGUGCUCCGUUUGGCACCAGUGUUUGGAACAAAACUGGAAACCAGGGUGAUGUGUGGAGACAUGGUCAAGCCACAGUACGGGCAACAAAUAAAUUCCAGGUUUGUUUUACAGAAGAUUCUGUGGGUCUAGGCAGAAUUAAUUUUAGAAAAUGUUCUGACAAACUUAGCAUCUAAGAUCCUGGUUAACCUUGAUCCAUGGAUACGUGGGGCCCGUUUAGCUUAAACGGUAGUUAAUCGCUCAAAAUAGAAAGCAAGUCUAUAGAUGCAUUCAACAACCAAACUAAAAGUUUUGAACCUUACUAGAACGAUAUUGUUUACAACUACGUAUUCAGUGCACAAUAUUCAGUGCAAAACGAGAGAUAUAAGAGUGUUAUUUAAUUUUGACCUAUCCACCGUUUGAGCUUAACGGACUUGAUACAACUGGCCCCUGGUCUCAUUAUUAUUUUUCUUUUUAAAGAUUUAUUUCGAAGGAGUUGUAGGCAAGAGUUACCAAGGCGAUAUUUCGUUGGAUGAUGUUUGGCUUGAUGAGAAGCCGUGUCCACCGCCAGGUAUAUAAAAGAAACUUUUAGUAAACUUGUGUAUUACUUUAGAAGAUUUACAUUAAAAUCGCAAACAAGAAUGCUUCCACUUAUUUGCAUUGAAUUUUCAUGUUAACAGGAAGCUGUACGUUUGAACUUGGCAUGUGUACUUGGCAGAACCAACCAAAUGGCAGGAACAAGACAAUACAAGAUAACUUUGACUGGACUUUAGGAAGUGGAAGUACCUAUAGUUAUUAUACUGGACCAUCAAGCGAUCACACUACUGGCUCAGCAUUAGGUAAGUCUACUGGACCGCCAUAUCUGUAUUAGAGGCACGGAGCAUCGCAUAGUACUAAGGUGUAGGUAUCCGACUUUGCCGAGGCAAAAGUAGGCCAGCCACGAGGAUUGGGAUCCGGGAAAUUUUGAAAUUUGGGCUCUCUGGAUGGAGAGUUUGUUACAAGAACUGACAGGCCCAUCCAGUAUAAAUAACAUUUUUGGCAUUUCAUAACAUUUUAAAAAAGUUACACCUGGUUUAUACUAUCGAAGUUUCUGUGAUCUUUUGCAUAGGUAAGUUUUGACGGAUUUCUAAGAAAUGUUUGAGAGAACUGAUUCAAUGUUAAACAACAAGUCAGUUUCCUCAAACAUUUCUUAGAAAUUCUUCAAAACUUAGAAUUUACCUAUGCAAAAUUCCGAUUGUGAUCACAGAAACUUUGAUGGUGUAAACCAGCCUUUAGAAUUAGAGUUAAGGUAUGUAAAGACUAAAGAGAUUAAAAAUGAUACAUUAUGCUCUCUCCUCUUAAGGUAAAUACAUUUUCAUUGAAACGUCGUCACCGCGAAGCAAUGGCGAUCGUGCUGUAUUGGAAAGUGAUAUGUUUGGAGCGACGACAGGAAAAUGUUUCAGUUUCUGGUAUCACAUGUUCGGGAGGAGCAUUGGAGCGUUGAAUAUGUAUAUCAGAGACACGACUGGAAAGAAAAGGUCAGUAACAAUGGCGGAUUUUCAAAUUUUUUGAAAGGAGGGUUGGAACAACUUCUAGUGGGGUGCAAGCGGCGGCACUGAGCGAGCUUCGGCAGGGGUUAGGCGUUAGGGUUGAAGACUUUCCACAAAAUAGGAGGGGUGAGGCGAAAUUUUUGUGGGGUUGAACACUUUAUAAGAGUGGUUAGAGAAAUUCUAGGGAGGGGGGAGUGGAUAAUAGCAGGGGUGAAGCGAAACUUUGGUGGGGUUGAACACUUUAUAAAGAGUGGUUAGAGAGAUUCUAUGGUGGGGGGAGGGGAUAAUAGGAGGAGUGAAGCGAAACUUUGGUGGGGUUGAACACUUUAUAAGAGUGGUUAGAGAAAUUCUAGGGAGGGGGGAGGGGAUAAUAGGAGGGGUGAAGCGAAACUUUGGUGGGGUUGAACACUUUAUAAGAGUGGUUAGAGAAAUUCUAGGGUGGGGGGAGGGGAUAAUAGGAGGGGUGAAGCGAAACUUUGGUGGGGUUGAACACUUUAUAAGAGUGGUUAGAGAGAUUCUAUGGGAGGGGGUACCCCCUCAAACCCCUCCAGUAAAUCCGCCCGUGGUCAGUAAUUAUGUCAGUGUUAUAUUGGAGUUAAUAGUAAUUAACUUGUUGUUGGUAGGUUAGGGUUGUAGGCUUGCUAAACAAGUUACCAGUUAGUGUCAUUCUUUAAAUUGAUGUCCAAAAUACGAAAUUCCCGCAGACUCGUUGCCAGCUUCAUGUUAACUGCGCAGACAAAGGGACUUGAAAUGACGUCCAAUAACUCUUCAAUUUCCGACAUCGCUUUUUGGACGAGAAAAAAGCGAAUACUAAAAGAAUAAAAUCUUCUCUUAGGCUUGUGUGGACUCUGAAAGGGAACCAAGGCAACGUGUGGACUCAAGGAGAAGUGACUUUGACAAGUAAAACACGGUUCCGUGUGCUGAUCGAGGGCGUCCGAGGCUACAGCUACACCGGCGACAUCUCUCUCGACGACAUGUACUUCCAGGACGGGAAUUGCGUGGGAGUGUGUUCCUCCGUCCUACCUACAGCUAGGGUUAACUGUGGAUACUUUGGUAUAGCUGCUGCUGAAUGCAUCACCAAGAGGGGCUGUUGUUAUGACACAAGUAUCGCUAAUGUACCCUACUGUUUCUUCCAUCCGGCGACGUGUGAUUCCGUUCACGUGGCAGCUCGUGUACCAUGUGACCCAACGACCACGAUAACAUAUCAAUAUUACUGUAAACAGAAAGGUAAUGCAAAGGAUUUAUUUAAACAGGCAAGCAGGGUAGCCCUGACACAUAAAGGCCACUUUACACUAUCAAAUUGCUGUGAUCGCAGUAGGAAUUUUGCAUAGGUAUAUGUUUUUUGCCUUGAUCAAAAUUUAGGGCCUGUUUAUAUGGAAGCCGGGCUGGCCCGCUUAGCGAGACAGCCCAGUAAGCGGGAUGAAUUUCUCUUGUGUUUAUAUGAGAAAAUUUCAUCCCGCUUGCCUGGACAAUUUUGUUACAUUGAUAUUGUUUUGACAGUAGUUAAAAAUAGCUUGCGGCGGUAUCUUUGAACUUUCAUCCCGGCAACCGGGCUAGCCCGCUUGUGAGUGUUUAUAUGGAGAAAUUUCCAUCCCGGUAAGCGAGAUCUCGCCUCUUUCAAGCGAGAUCUCGCCUCUUUCAAGCGAGAUCUCGGCAACCGGGCCAGCCCGCUUGUCCAUAUAAACGCACGAUGAUUUUUACUAUAAAAAUAACUACACAGCGAGAUCUCGCUAAGCGGGCCAGCCCGGCUUCCAUAUAAACAGGCCCUUAGUCUAUAGCUAUAAUCACCAUUCUCUCAAACAUUUCACAGAAAUCAUUCAAAACUUAGAAUUUACUUACGCAAGUUCCUACUGUGAUCACAGAAACUUUGAUAGUAUACACUAGCGUUAAUACGUGAACACUGACGGUUGGUAUAUCAUAAAUUGUUUUGUCUUAUUUCUAGGUUGUUGCUUUGAUAACAGUAGACCGAACAGUAUCAAAUGUUUCAAGCACCCUCGGCAACCAACACCCUUCCCCACAACUGCCCCCACCACACAGAAAACCACCCGCUUCCCCAUAGCCUACGAAUGCGACUUCCAAACAGGUUUGUGUGGCUGGGAUAAUCACAAUGAUAAUCACAUCAACUUCAGACGACAACGUGGAAGCACACCCUCCUACAAGACUGGACCAAAGGCUGAUCAUACAUUAGGAACAGAUCAAGGUGGGAUAAUUGAUUAUAAUUGAUUAUCUUGAUUAUGCAAAUACUAUUAUUAUCAUCUCAUAACUAUUUCUAACACCAUCACCACUUCCACCAUCAUCACCACCAUCACCACCACCAUCACCACCACCAUCAUCACCAUCAUCACUAUCAUCAUCAUCACCAUCAUCACCACCAUCAUCAUUACCACCACCACCAUCAUCAUCACCACCACCAUCAUCACCACCAUCAUCACCACCAUCAUAUCACCACCACCACCAUCAUCAUCAUCACCACCACCAUCACCAUCAUCACCACCAUCAUCAUCAUCACCACCAUCAUCAUCAUCACCACCAUCAUCACCAAUAUCACCACCACCAUCAUCACCAUCGUCACUAUCAUCAUCAUCACCAUCAUCACCACCAUCAUCAUUACCACCACCACCAUCAUCAUCACCACCAUUAUCUUCACAAUCAUCACGGGAAAGUGGAAGCACUGAGGAAUGCUGAUUAUGCAUUAGGCACAGACAAAGUAGAAUAAAUUUUUAUUGCUGAUUAUCAUGAUUAUAAUAAUAUUAUCAUCACCAUUAUUAUCAUCAUCACUAUUAUAAUCAUCAUCAUUACCAACACCAUCAAUAUUAUCAUCAUCACCACCAUCAUCUCACCACCAUCAUCUCACCACCAUCAUUACCAUCAUCAGUCAUCACCACCAUCACUACCACAAUACCACCACCAUCACUACCACCAUCAUCACUACCACCACCAUUACCACCACCAUUACCACCAUCAUCAGUCAUCACCACCAUCAUUACCACAAUACCACCACCACCAUCAUCACCACCAUCAUCAUCACCAUCAUCAUCUCGCUUUAUUGUCUCAUCCUCAGGUUACUACGUCUAUAUCGAAACCUCGUACAGCUCAACGAACGACACUGCCACUCUCAUCAUGAAUGGUCCAACGGAUAACAAUGGCAAACCUAGAUGCCUUCAGUUCUGGUACCAUAUGUAUGGUGCACAUGUUAAUACUCUGUCCGUCCAUAUAAAACCGGUUAAUCGUGUCAUGAACCCAGCUAUCUGGCAAAAGUCGGGCACGCAAGGUGAUCGCUGGCGAUAUGCACAGAUACAACUAAACGCCACUGGGACCUACAAGGUUGGUGAUUUUCAAAUUACAACAUUCUCUGACUAAAUAUUUUUCUGAGCGCUUCACGGAAUCGCAGGACCGCGUGUUUGAUUCCUGCCAGAGGACCUGGUGUCGCAUUCCUCGCAACCACCCCUGGUCUGGUCCCAAAACCGUGCACAUAUUAUAUGCUCACUUUGAUUACCCACCAAACCCGCCAUGAAGUUCAACCAAGUAAAGUGUAAUAAAUAUUUUUCUUCGUAUUUUUCCCCAACCAGGCCACUGCCAUAUGUAAUAUUUAAAGCACGACGGAGAGCGUUUUAUCAUAUUUAAAUAGUGAAUACUUUGAAGAAAUUCAAACAUGACUAUAACAUUGACGUUUUUGGUCAUUCAUACUCUGUUUACGAUCAACAUUAAACAACCUAUCGUCAUUUUCUAGAUUGCGUUCCAAGCCAAGGCAGGUGCAAGUUAUCAAGGAGAUAUUGCUUUGGAUGACAUCAAAAUCCCAUUCAGUGAUUGUCCACCUUUAGGUAAGUCGUAAAUACCGUUCGAUUGUUUGGUGGCCACCAUGAUAGACCAACAAGGGAUGACCCUUACUGGACCUCUAGGAAGAACAUUUUAGAACUGUUAGAGCUAUCCAGUAUAAAUAAAGUUAGUUUAGUUCAGGUUUCCUCCUGUAGUAACACUGGAUCAAUAAGAAAUGAUCCUUACUGGACCUCUAGGAAGAACAGUUUAGAACUGUUAGAACUAUCCAGUAUAAAUAAAGUUAGUUUAGUUCAGGUUUCCUCCUGUAGUAACACUGGAUCAAUAAGAGAUGACCCUUACUGGACCUCUAGCAAGAACAGUUUAGAACUGAUAGAGCUAUCCAGUAUAAAUAAAGUUAGUUUAGUUCAGGUUUUCUCCAGCAUUCAUUGGUAUAAAAUAGGUAAUUGGACAAGUACUGGUAGCCUAAAUAUUGAGGACCAGUAGUCCAAAAAUGGUUAUCCUUUAUUUCUUUACUCCGUCUCCUAUGACGAACAUGUACGCAAAAAAACUAGGGAAACUACGAUUACAUAGAAACUGGAUUUCCGAAGGAGAACAGUUUAGAACUGAUAAAGCUAUCCAGUAUAUAUAUAAAGAUGGUUUUAGUCCAGUGGUACCUAGGGAGAACAGUUAAAAAAAAGAUCUAAUAUAAAUAAUAUAAAGGUGGUUAGAUUUAAUUUGGUAUAUUUUCUUCACUAAGUAAUUUAUUUUAUUUUAUUGUAUUAUCAUACAGCUGAGUGCGAAUUUGAAACACCAAAGAUCUGUGGUUACACACAGGACGCAGGCGAUGAAUUUGACUGGACAAGAGGAACGGGUGGAACUUGGAGUUGGGCCACUGGACCGAAAACUGAUCACACAUACGGAACAGCCAGUGGUAAGCAUUGUGUCUUCGCAAUGUUGAAUUGCUCAUGUUAUUAACGAGUUGUCGAAUUGUCAGAGCUGCAAAAAGUGUUCAACAUUCCUCCGGGGUAAAGGUUCACGUUUUCUUUUCAAACGUUAUCGCUUUUUCAAAUUGCAAAAUACAUGCAUAUAAAUAUUGUCAUUCAAAACCGGCUUCAGAUUCAUAGUUCCUACUGACUAGUGUUUAGCAUCAUAGAUAUCUUAUAUACACUAGAUAGCGCAUCUCUUUAAGUAAAAUUGAAGCCAAGAAUAUUCCAGCUGUUACCCCCAUUUGAAUAGAUGGCGGCCAUGUUGAAGUUUCCCACUCGCCAAUAAACGCUUAAAAAACAACAAUAACUUUCAUCAUUUGAACAGUUUGAAAAUGUAUUUGGAAUAGGUUUAACUUAAUGUUUAAGUUCCCUGUUUAAGAAAUAGAAAACAUACGAACCUUCUCAUUUCAUGGGAAUACCCUGAGUCUGCAAUCACGGCUUCAAUUUUUGAAUUGCAGAAUAAUUAGAUGCACUAUCUAGUGCAUAUAAGAUAUCUAUGCUUAGCAUUGAUCAGCUGGUCGAUUGCAUUGUACUCGCAGCUUUUUUUUACAACUGUGAAUUGCAGGACGAAAACAAGUUGUUGGAACGAGCCAAUUUAAACUACACAACUUUUGCCUAAAACUGUCGCAUGCAAUCUGCUUACAACUUGAGUUGCACUCUGUAAAUCAAGCACACAACUCACCUACGUUGUUGUAGGAUAUUUUAUUGACUGUCCACUUGUUAAUGCAAUUUUGUUACUGUAUUACAAAAAUUGAUGUGCGACGGUUUUUUUUUGUAGGUGGUUACAUGUUCACUGAGACAAGCUGGCCCAGAGUGCCCGGUGAUAGAGCUAGGUUAGAGACACCGCUGUACAAGCCAACAUUUGGAGCGUGUGCUCGCUUCUGGUACCACUUGCGUGGAGACAGUAUUGGUGUGCUGAAUAUUUAUAUCAAGAAGGGUGGUGCUCUUGGUAGUCGUGUCUGGAGUGACAGCGGAAAUUAUGGUGAUCGGUGGAUGAGGAAGAAAUUAACUGUCACAAGUUCACAACCAUGGCAGGUAAGUUGAGUGGUGGGUGAAUGUGGUAGUGAAUGAUGACGAUAGUUGUAGUGGUGAUGAUGGUGGUGGGCGAUGAUGGUGGUGGGUGAUGAUGGUGGUGGGUGAUGAUGGUGGUGGGUGAUGAUGGUGGUGGGUGAUGAUGGUGGUGGGUGAUGGUGUGACGAUAGUGGUGUUGAUGAUGAUGACGAUGAUGAUGACAGUGAUGAUGAUGGUGGUGGUUGCUGAUGAUGAUGGUGGUGAUGCUGAUAAUGGUGAUUAAAGUGAUGGUGGUGAUAAAGGUGAUGAUGGUGGUUGUGGUGAUGUUGGUUUAGGGUGAUGAUGACAUUGAUGAUGAUGAUGGUGGUGGUGGUGGAUGAUGGUUGUGGUGAUGAUGCCGAUGAUGGUGGUGGUGAUUAAAGUGAUGGUGAUGAUAAAGGUGAUGAUGGUGGUUGUGGUGAUGGUGGUUUAGGGUGAUGAUGACAGUGAUGGUGAUGGUUGUGAUGACAGUGAUGAGGAUGAUGCUGAUGAUGGUGUUGGUCAUUAAAGUGAUGAUGGUGGCUGUGGUGAUGGUGGUUUAGGAUGAUGAUGAUAGUGAUGUAACAACUAACAAGUUAUCCAUCCUUUCUUUCCAGCUGGUAUUCGAAGGUGUUCGCGGUAACUCAUACACAGGCGAUAUCGCGCUUGACGAUGUUAAGAUCACUACAAAUGGCGAAUGUCCCACUCUCGGAUCAUGUGACUUCGAAGAUAACUUCUGUACGUACAGCAAUGAUGUAGACGAUGACGAUUUUGACUGGGAAAGAAACAGUGGAGGUACCUUCAGUAUUGGCACUGGACCAAGCAAAGAUCAUACCUACAGAGCUAAAGGAAAAGGUACAACCGAACUUAGUUAACGGCAUAGGUAGGCCGAAGGCUGCAACGUCGAAGUUUGCAUAUUCUCUGUAAGUUUGCAUAUUCUCUACGUGCGGAAAUUGUUACCAUUUUGGAGUCGAAAAUGGUAACAAUUUCGACACGUAAUACAAACAUAUACAAAAUAUGCAAACUUUGCAAGACUAUCGCCCGUAUUCUAAAAGCUCACUCACUCUCAAUGAGUGGAGGUUCAAUCUGAGCUUCUAUUGAGUGUCAAUGCUGUUUUUGAAUAGCUGGAGGGUUAGUGUCGUACCUUACUAUGUGACUACUCGCCCUCCAGCUAUUCAAAAACAGCAGUGACACUCAAUAUAAGCUCAGAUUGAACCACCACUCAUUGAGUGUGAGUGAGCUUUUAGAAUACGGGCGUAUAUUUUCCAAGCUUUUGCAAUUUUACUAAUUUCAUUAUGUUCUUUUUAGCUGUGGUAUUUGAUUCUCUUCUCUUUACUUAGAUUAAAAUUUAGUCUAACAUGCAAGUUGUCCAUUAUUUUGUUUUAAAUCUGCAGGGCAUUAUGCGUAUAUUGAAACAUCCUACCCUCGUGUCACUGGUGACAAAGCAUGGCUAGUCAGUGAUAUUUUCAAAGUCAACCCAAACUAUAACUGGUGUUUGAGAUUCUGGAUGCAUAUGUGGGGGAACAGCGUGGGUUAUCUCAAUGUGUAUGUGGUCACGAAUAUACUGAAGCCUACCCAGAAUAAGUGGUACCGAAGGAUAUUCAGGGAUACCGGAAACCAUGGGGAUAAUUGGAUAUACCACGAGUUGUCAAUAAACAGCGGCAAGGACUUCCAAGUGAGUUUGUUUAGAACUGAUAGGGCUAUCCAGUAUAAAUAUAGUUAGUUUAGUUUGCCUCCUCUAGUAACACUGGAUCAGUAAGAGAUGUCCCUUACUGGACCUCUACCUAGGGAGAACAGUUCAGAACUGAUAGAGCUAUCCAAUAUAAAUAAAGUUAGUUUAGGUUUUCUCCUGUAGUAACACUGGAUCAAUAAGAGAUGAUCCUUAGUGGACCUCUAGGAAGAACAGUUUAGAACUGAUAGAGCUAUCGAGUAUAAAUAAAGUUAGUUUAGGUUUCCUCCUGUAGUAACACUGGAUCAAUAAGAGAUGAUCCUUAUUGGACCUCUACUAUCAAGCAUAAAUAAACUUUAGUUUAGGUUCUUUUUCCACAGUGCUGUCAUGAUGUGCCCAUGUUUGUGCAAAUCAGUGUUGACUUAAAAUUUAAUAUAUUCUAUUUCCAGCUGAAAUUCGAAGGUACAGUUGGCACAGCACCCACCUACCAGGGAGACAUUGCCUUGGAUGACAUCUUCGUUAGCCAGGGGCGAUGUCCAUCACCCACCCCCACUGCCACUCCUAGCCCUUGUGCCAUCAGGUGUAAGAACAAUACCUGUGUCCCCGCCAAUAAACUUUGUGACUUUGUCAAUGACUGUGGAUCCAGUGACGACACAGAUGAGAAGAAGUGUGGAUCAUGCGAUUUUGAGAAUGGUAAGAUUGGUAUAGAACUCCCCCCUGAAUCAGACCUCAAAAUUAAAUGUGUCCGGGGGGGUUGUGACAUAACCUUCAAUAAUCAUGUCUCGACAUUUGGAUGAAAAUGGUACAAUUAUUCUUAAGCCUUCUCCCGACCAGCUGAAUCUGAUCUUAAAAUUGUGACCAAUGGGUUUCCAUAGUAACAAUGGAUCAUUGGUCCACCUCUAGAGCGAACUGUUUAAAACUGGUAGAGCUAUAGAUUAUAAUUAAUUUAUUUUAAGUUUCUUUUUGUAGUAACUGGACCAGUAGCCAUGUUUCAAUGUACAAUAACGAAUACAAACGCUCAGAGAGUUUAUAGAACAUUUUAUUUCUUUCUAAGGUCUCUGUGGAUGGAAUGAUACAAGUAGUGGAGUAUUUGCAUGGCAUCGUGGUAGGGGUGGUACUCCUUCAAAAAAUACUGGGCCUAGUACAGAUAACACCAAAA